AUGCCUGCUACUAACAUUGUUGAACCCCCAUUCUUCGAGAUGGUGGGCAUGUUCUUCGACGAAGCACUUCCUCACGUCGAAAAGAAGCUUAUUGAGCAGCUUCCAUAUAAAGGCAGUGCUGAGGAAAAGACCGCAUACGUAAAGGGCAUCCUGAGCACCAUCAAAGCCUGUGACAACGUCUACGAAUUCUCCUUCCCCAUCAGACUCGAUAACGGAACCUACGAAAUAUUCCAAGGUUGGAGAGCUCAGCACUCCCACCACCUCACUCCAUGUAAAGGUGGAAUCCGUUUUGCCCCCGACGUCGAUCGAGGUGAAGUCAUGGCUCUUGCAAGCUUAAUGACCGUCAAAUGCUCACUUGUCGAUGUUCCGUUUGGUGGUGGCAAGGCCGCUUUGAAAAUCAACACCCGCAACUACUCCCUUAGCGAACUCGAGAGAAUCACCCGACGAUUUGCACUCGAGCUGUGCAAGAAAAAUUUCAUCGGCCCAUCUAUCGAUGUGCCUGCCCCCGAUGUCGGUACUGGCGAACGCGAAAUGGCCUGGAUUGCUGAUACAUACGCCAAUACUACGGGUAAGCCAAUAUCAUCUUAUUUAAUCCCAUAUCCACACAAGGGUCCUUAAUACCAUUGUUUCUGAUUCGAAUUCAUGGCUGACUAAUCGCAACCACUGCAGGAGAUCAAAUAAAUUUAUUAUUUUAUUGCAGGCUAUGGUGAUCUGAAUGCUCUUGGAUGCGUCACUGGCAAGCCCAUUGCACAGGGUGGCGUUGAGGGUCGUACCCCAGCUACUGGCAAGGUACUAACUUAACACAUUAUUUACUGAUCACAUAUUCAGUUUCUAAUUUAUGCAGAUUGCCACAUUGCUCCCUUGGAAAAAUGCAACCAAUUGCAUGGUUCAUAUACUUUUGCUUUUUUAGGGUGUCUACUUCGGCAUCAAGAACUUCGUGGAUAGCGAGAAGAACUGCCGGGCUUGCGGCCUCUCCUCCACUGGCAUCCGUGGAAAGACGUGUAUUGUACAGGGCUUUGGCAAUGUUGGCAUGUACUCCUCACUCUUCCUCCACGAAGGUGGUGCCAAAAUAAUUGGUAUCAUUGAAAUCGACUGCGGACUUUACAAUAAGGAUGGCAUUGAUAUUCCUGCUCUCAUCCAAUUCCGAGAGGUAGGUUAAUUUUACGAUUACCCGUUGACGGCUAAUGAAGUAGUUGAGGAGAGAAAUACUCCUACAUCAAACUAUGCUAUAAUUCUGUUGCAUUUUGUAGAAAAAUGGAACUCUCAAGGGAUUCCCCGGAGCUAAAGAUUUUGACCGCGUUGAGCUGAUGUAUGAGCAAUGUGACAUCCUCUUGGUCGCUGCUAUGCAACGCGUGAUUACGGCCAAGAAUGUUGAUAAGAUCAAAGCAAAGGUCGUUGCUGAGGGUGCCAAUGGCCCAACCACGCCAUAUGCGCACAAGGAACUGCUCAAGAGGCAUGUUAUGGUCAUCCCUGAUCUGUUCUUGAACGCCGGUGGUGUGACGGUCUCCUAUUUCGAAUGGAUCAAGAAUCUUAAUCACAUCAGCUAUGGCCGAUUGACAUUCAAGUAUGAAAAGGAGUCGAAUAUGCUUUUGCUAGGUAGGCAAACCAAUCGUAUAUUCGGAGGAUGUCUUUGAAUAAUGUUGACUAUAUUUCAAGUGCGCUUAAAUGGAUUUUUUCCAUUACAGACAGCAUCAAGCAUACUCUGGAGAAGUCUUCUGGAAAGAGCACUACUGUUGAGCCUUCAAAGAAAUUCAGUGAAUUCAUGGAGGUAAAUUUGCGAUCCGCUUUCAUGGUGUUUGCGAUUUGUCUUACAUAACGGUCGUCAAAUCCAUCCUUAAUAUGCAUUGUGAUAAAUUUAGAACGCAUCCGAACUCGAUAUCGUCAACUCUGGCUUGGAGUUCACCAUGGAAAAGGCUGCAAAGGUAAUUCUGAUGAAUGUUUAAUUUAACCUCAGGUAUCUUAUCCUUGACACAUGUCAUUAUUUAAAAUUUUGAUUAUUCUGCAGGCGAUGAUGGAGGUUGCCGACCGAUACAAUCUUGGUCUGGACUUCCGUACGGCAGCGUACAUCUGUGCCAUUGAGAAGGUCUUCCACACUACUCGUCUAUCUGGCAAUAUCUUCUAA